UCUUUGCUUCCAGUCUCAUCACUUCUGACACCUUCACAACACAACAAGGAUCCUUUAACCUCGAGGGAAAGGAUUUAUUAUCUUUGGGAAAACCAGGAACCAAACCAAGAAACAGAGAUGGGAAAAAUCUUUCUUGCCGUUGUUGUGGCCAUCGCAUCCUUUGCUUUGGUGGAGUCUCUGGUGUGCAACCAAUGCUCCAUCAGUGUCUUCGGCUUCUGCCUGAGUAGUAGCCAAAACACUUGUCCUGACAACCAGACCUGUUACACACAGAAGAUCAGUUUUCCAGCCCUCUCAUCUUUCAGGGGCGUGAUCACUCAGGGCUGCAGGGUUGAUGACAGCAGCUGUAGCUCCAGCAACACGUCAACACUCCUGACCAUCCAAAUCAAAACUGAGGCUACCUGCUGUGGUACAGACAAAUGUAACACCGUGGACCUCACUGGCGCUGCACCAGACCUGAAGAUGACGUUCCUUGUGACCAUGGUUGGAGCCGCCAUGGCCUCCAUGUGGGGAAGCUUUUUGUAACGAAAUUACAAACACGAUCCACCCCUCUUCACUACUCCUACUUAUUUGAUUAAUGUUACAAAGAAAGAAAUCCAAAUCUUGUCCUCAAACAGCUUGUAUCCUUCCUUCAUGUAACUUACAAUUAGAUGAAGGUUCAAAUUAUUAUGGAAAUUGAAGAAUGGUAUGUUUCAUUGAAACAUUGAGCUUAAUUUUCCAUUAUGCUGUUUUGUGAUUUGUUUACUUAAAUGUAAUUAUUCCACUUACUCUUUUAUGUAUUAUCAGACAAAUUUGCCAAUGCAAAAUAAAUAAAAUAUCUGGAAAAAUCUG